AACACACGCAGCUGACGACGCAGCAAUGGGGCACAUUUUCAAUUGAUGUAUUACUGCAUUUUCGGAUGAAAAAAUUGUAUGUUAGUUAAAUCUGUGCGUGUCGGUUUGUGCGUGCUCUUUUGUGCGUGCGUUGGUCAGACGUUGGUGGAGGUGACCAAGCACAGAAUGUCUUUCUUAAGAAAUAAUUCUUUCGACUCGCCGAGGAGGGUAGUCUUGAAGAGCAAUAACAAUAGUUUUCAUUCUAAUAGUUCCAUAUUAUCAAAUGGAGCAGACAUCACCCAAGAAUUUGAAAGUCUCAAAAUUUCCAUUUUUAAUAAAGCUGCUCGUGUUUCUGGUGAAAUCAAUCAUGUCACCAUAGGACCCAAGGCUGUUACUAUCAUUAAUGAAAGCAAUGUUCCAAAAAGUCCUGUGAUUGAUUCAGAAUCAAAGGAAAACAAGAGGACAGUUGAUAAUACACCGCAAAAAGUGUUGAAUAGUAAACUAAAAUUUUCUAUAAAAAAAAUACUCUUGGAAAAUGAAGUACAACGUCGGGAUAAAGUUAAAAAAGCCAUUGAUCAAAAGAAAAAAGAAAUGGAAAGUUUCCAAAGAAAUAUGCAAGAUGAACUUUCUGUUCUUAUGGAACAAAUGGUUAUUCAAAAAGAAAAAGAAUUGGAAGAAAAGUUAGCUCGUUUGGAGGCAGAAGAAGAAGAGUAUGCUCUACAAGAAAGAUUAGAAAAACAAAAAGAACUUCAAAAGCAGAGAUUGAAAGAAAAUGAAGAAAUAUCCAAAAAAAUGAUUCCUUUCAGAGAUCGUUUCAGUGAAAACUGCAGAGAUAUUGCUCAAUUAUGUCAAACCUGCAAGGACAGUCAAUCAGCUACAGAAUUAUUUGCACCAUAUGCUGUACAACUGAAAGAACUUACUCAAGAAAUGCAAAAUUUAAAUGAAAAAGCUAAGGCAGGUGAUUUAAGUGUAUAUGAUCUUCAAUUGGCAGACUCCUUAUACCAAUGUAGCAAUGAAAUAUACAAAACAUUCAAAGCUUCAAUGGAAAAAUUUGAUGAAUUGUAUGAACUAGAAAUUGCUAAAAGAGAGCAGGAAAUGAAACAAGCAGAAUUGAAUGCACAAGCAGAAGCAGAAAAAAUUUUACAAGAAACUCAAGCAGUCGCUGCAUCUCAACCACAAGACUUAACUCACGAUAAUUUAGAGCAAUUAGUUGCUCAAAUUCAUGAAAAAACAGAAGUAGAUAAUGUUGCUUCGUCUCAAACUUCUUUCUUACCACCACCAUCAGAACAAGCAGCAGCUGCCAGUAUAACAGCACCACUUCAACAAAUUGUUGCAGAAGUUACGACUGGUUAUCCUGAUCCUGAAAGCUACAAAUUAUAUGAAAACAGUAAACAGCAUUUAGAAAAGUAUAUUGCAUCUUUUGAUGACUUUGCUACAUCUACUGUUAUGAAAAAGUUUAAAUUUGAGUGCCAGAAAUUGCUAAACAUUACAGUCAAUUCUAUCUCGCAAGGAAGCCGAGAACAACUGGUUGAAAAGUAUGAUAAAUUGAAGUCAUUUUUAUCUGGCAGAUCUAGUCCGAAUAUACUAACGAACCCACAAGCCGAAGCUUUUUCAAAGCAUCUGUUGGCGCAAAAAAUAGUUGACCAGGGUGAUACCACAGUAUCAGUAAAACCAGAGCUGGCUUUUCCAUUUGCAGCAAUUGCAAUAGCUCUGUGGAACGAUUGGCCAGAUUUUGGUGAACUGCUUAUUGCGCGUUUUCAUGUGAAAAGCCCAUUCUUCGUUCCUGUAUUUUUAUCGCAAUCUAGCGAUCAAUCCGAAACCGAUUAUUACAAAUUACUGGGAUGUAAGUUCAAUGACAACGGUACCCCAGAAAAGCCUGACCAAUUUUGGAAACGACUUGGCGGAGUGAUGUACAUGUAUGCAUCAAUCAUUGUUACGAAGCAGAGAAAAGGAAUUGACAAACCUCAUCCUCAUGGUCUAGGUAAUGCUUGGAGAUGGCUUGCAGCAACAGUUAAUAUAGCUCCAAGAAGUGAUAAUGCUGACAUAUGCGCGACAUUGAUAUUUGUGCUCUUGGAAGUAACUGGAAAUGAGUUAUGGAAAACAUAUCCCAAACAGUUUCCUAAACUUCUAAUGGUUCUUAAUAACGAUUAUUAUGCUAAAUUAAAAAGUUUUGACGCAGUCACAAGUGCUCCGAUUGCAAGAUUAGGUGAUUUUCUGGAAACAGCCAUUAAAAGUGGCACUAUUCCACCGCCUAAAGGACAGUUACCAGUCAACUUUUGGUAAAAUUACAAUUUCGUUUACUUAUACCAUAUCGAUAUUGGUGUAUAUAUUUCCUUACAAAUUAAACGCGAUAUAAUAAUUCAUGUAACGAUGGAAAAUUUUGUAACGCUACGAAAGAGUAAUCGAAUUUAUCGUUAACUCAUAUUGAGCUACGUGUGUUGCGUUAUGACUAUAUGUGUGUUUUUUGAUUGAUAUACACCUCGAUUGUACAUUGAAAUGCUAAUCACUCUGCAAAGUGAUUUUAGAAAAGUUUGUUGCUUAAAUGCAAAGUGUUCUUUGUCGAUUUAUACAUAUUGAAAAGAAAUUUUUUUAUAUCUUACAAUAAAAGAUUCACUGCGUUCGUAGACAAACGAUAUUUACUUGUACAAAAAAUUGUUCAGAGUUGCGAUGAAAAAACGAAGCAUUUCAACUCGACCGAAACUGUAGAUUUUAAAAUUAGAGAUGCAUGUGACAUUAAAUGCAGAGCCAAGGAGAGAUAACAAUAAUGUAUUUGUAUUUUUUA